GGACCCCUCUGGGAUGAUAAAUUGUACGAUGGCUCCCUACUGGGUAAAACCCACUUCUGCUUUGCAGUGGAGAGAUCACUGGAUGCAGUGUGUGUAUUUCCUUCCCAAUGAGGAGCCAGUUCUGCAGGGUGAGAAGCUGUACCUGACUGCCUGCCGUGACCAGUACUCUGUGUGGUAUAAGCUGCAGAAAGCCAGAAGAGAAGAGGAGAAUGAAGCAGAUGUUUGUGUUGAGUGUCCUGUUUGUACAUGUCACGCUCAUGUGCUUUGGAACAGACCACGCUUCGGGGAAUUAAAUGAUCAGAAUCGAACAAACCAGUACAUCAAGGCUUUGAGGAAAGUGAGUGUUCUGAAAACAGAUAGUGUUUGCCUUUGUAUCAGUGAUGGUAGUCUGCUGCCUGUGCUGGCUCACCAUCUUGGAGCAAAGCAGGUGUUUACAUUAGAAAACUCUCGUGUGUCCUGUUCUGUCAUGGAAAAAGUUUUUAAAGCAAAUCAUCUUGAAGAUAAAAUUAAAAUAAUAGAAGCACGUCCUGAGUUGCUGAAGCCUUCUCAUUUGGAAGAUAAAAAGAUUUCUGUUCUUGUGGCAGAGCCGUUUUUCACUACAAGUUUGUUGCCGUGGCAUAACUUGUACUUCUGGUACGCCAGGACAGCUGUGACCAGUCAGCUUACCAGCAAUGUCACUGUCCUACCUCAGUCUGCUUCCUUGCACAUGAUGAUUGUGGAGUUCCAGGACUUAUGGAGGAUCCGAAGUCCAUGUGGUAUCUGUGAAGGUUUUGAUGUCCAGACUAUGGAUGAUAUGAUUAAAGAUUCUCUGAAUUUUAGGGAAUCCAAGGAAGCAGAACCUCACCCUCUGUGGGAAUAUCCUUGCAAGUCACUGUCUGACCCCCGGGCAGUUCUGACAUUUGACUUCAGAGAGACUGUACCACAGCACUGUCUCAGCACAGAGGGUUCUGUAAAACUUUUACGGAAAGGAAAGAGCCAUGGAGCAGUUUUGUGGAUGGAAUAUCAUCUUGCUGCUGAUAUCUCCAUUAGUACAGGACUGCUGCAGAUUUCAAAUGAAAAGGGAAAAAAAAGCAAGCAAGCUGUCUACUUUUUCAGUUCUGUUAUUGAAUCAGAAACUCUGUCAGACCCUAGUGCUGUCACAUAUGCUAUAAACUUCGACACAAAGACAGGAGAGAUCGCCAUGGAUUUCAAGCUGUUAUAAAACACUUUCCUUUUGCUCAUAUUCCUAAAUUAUAAUAAGCUUAUAUAGUAUUUUUU